AUGGACAGGCCGCGCCGGCUCCUGCUGCUGACCAACUCCGAGUUGGGAGCCGCAAACAUCUUCCUCGCCGCCAUCCACGAGCUCAUGCAGCUCGACCCGCAGCUCGAGAUCCACGUCGUCUCAUUCGCCAACAUCGCCAAGGUCUACCACAGCGCCGUCGACUACGCCGCCAAGGCCGCGCCGCACGCACGGCCUCCCGUCUUCCACCAGCUAGAGGGCCGGAGUCUGUCGCAGGUGCUCGUGGCGCGCAACCCGCGCUUCUGGGACGUCAUGUCCAACCGGCUCGGCGGCCUCAACCCCUUCACCAUCGCCGCCACGGCCAGGGCCACGAGCGGCAUCUUCAUACCCUGGGACGCCGCCGACUUUGUCGCAAUCUACCGCCAGCUGGAGGCCAUCCUCAAGGAGGUCCGGCCCGACUUCACGGUGCUGGACCCCUGCUUCGCGCCCGGGUGGACGCUCUGCGAGCGCGAGAAGCUCGACUACGUCCUGUUCAUGCCCAACACCGUCAAGGAGCUCUCCGUCGGCUCCCAGCCCCGCGGCCAGGCGCUGUGGAAGUAUCCCACCAUGGGCACCGGCUUCCGCUUCCCUGUGCCCUGGUACCAGAUCCCGCUCAACAUCUACUGCGGCCUCGCCUUCUUCAUCGCCCUCAUCACGGACCCCCGCGCCGCCAGAGUCGCCAAGGAGGUCCAGGAGGAGCUGGGCUUCAAGAUCACGACCAUGAAGGAGGGCGGUGUGCUGCAGGUGCCGCAGGUGCCCGUCAUCCUCGGCUGCCGGCAGGAGCUGGACUUCCCCAUGGCGGUCGUGCCCGACUUCCUCCGGCCGUGCGGUCCGAUCGUGCGGCCCGGCCCCGCGAUAGGAGAGACGGACCCGGUGCUGGAGAAGUGGCUGGCGCGGGGCCGCACCGUGUACAUCAACAUGGGCACUCUGAGGAGGUAUGCCGAGGACGAGGCCGUGGAGAUGGCCAAAGCGCUGCGCAUGCUGCUGGACAGGGUGACGCCAUCUGAUGGCUCGCCGCUGCAGAUUCUGUGGAAGCUGAAGAAAGAGGGUGACUAUAGCGCAAAGGAAGGAUCGAAGCUGUACUCAAUACUGCAGCGCGAGGUUGACGAGUACCGGGUCCGGAUCGCAGACUGGCUCGAGGCAGAACCCAGCGCGAUCCUCGAAUCGGGCCAUGUGGUCUGCUCGGUGAAUCACGGAGGGGCUAGCUCGUGGUAUGAGGCCCUAUGUGCCGGUGUCCCUCAGGUAAUCCUCCCCGUCUGGUCCGACACCUACGAGGCUCCCCGCCGUGCAGAGCUACUCGGAGUGGGCUGCUGGGGCAACCCUACUUCAGCGCCCAAGUGUGCGGCCGUCGAGGUCGGUCCGGCGCUGAUCGAUGUGGUCCUUGGCCCCAAGGCGGCGCAGAUGCGAGCCAGGGCCAGGGAAGUGGCCGCCAUAUGUGUACGUGGUGGGCUCGGCAGGACCAAGGCAGCCAAGGAGAUCUUGAAGUUCAUCUCUGCAAAGACCUCUUCAUCGAACGCUGUCAACCUCACCAUGGAAUCUGUUGAGAAGGACGCGCUCCCCGCCACUACGGAGACUACGAAGGACCAUGACCUUGCCAAUUCAAAUCUAUCCGAUAGCAGGGCACUUGAGACUAUUCGAGAGAGAUACAGAUCCCUCCCUGAAGAGCAUGAAGGCAUGCCGAUCCCCCCAGUCACCCGGUACUUCCUCGCAAUCCACGGCUUCGAAGGAACCGGCGCGCCCAACGUGAUCAAAUGCCCGUGCUGCGGUAAAGAGCCGAGACAGCGCUCCCUCGCCGAUCCGAACCCCAGCCGGAGGAAUUACUUCCAAUUCCAUUGGGCAAGGUGCCCUCGAAAACGGAGCAGCUGCAGCUGUGAAGUCUGUGGUAUCGGGACUUCUUCCCGUGUGGAUUGGCGCCUGCAUCACCUGCGAGCACACUUUCCAGGCUUUGAGAACGAGGAGGGCAGGGGGCACGCUCGCGACAAGUCACCUCCGAUCGUACAAUACAAUCCUUGCGGCGCCGAGGAAGUGGUCAUCGCUGCUGUCUUUGACGCGGAGGAAGAACCGGGUUGCAUGUGUGUCGUGGAGACCAGCAAUACCAUCCCUCGGGACGAUCACGAUCGGCUCACGGCCAAUGGCGUAAUGAACAUCAUCGUCAAUGAGAUACAGCAAGGAGCGCCAGAGCCUGUUUACGUCAGCAUUGUGGCUUGCAUGGAGGCGCACGAGUAUCGCACGUUGUUAUCGUUUGUUGAGGGGAUCUAG